CAACUUGCGCCAUGAAACCGUACAAGUGAAGGACACAAUGGCUCCGGACAUGCCUCCGGUCCAGGAACCAUUCCCCAUCGCGUAUGUAGCGGGUCGCUACCUGCUAUUCGACCCACCGACUGUCGCACAUGCGCGCCGCACGCACAACGUCAUCGGCGUGCUCGUGGGCACGAUACCCAACCUCAGCCAGCAGAAUGUCUUCCUCGGCAUCCCGCUUGAGCUUCAGCCUGAAGAGGCGCGUGUCCUAGUUGAGCAAGGCCACGCAUAUAUCGUCGAUGAUGCGGCGGUGCAUCGCGAGGGCUUCCUAGAGAUGACCCGAGAGGACAGACUGGCGUAUCUUCGAGACUUAGACGAGCAAGGUGCUGAAAUGAGCCGAGAGGUCGUCCGUCGCGCGAACGAGAGAAGCGAGCAGGUGUUGCGGGAGAAAGGCCUGCGUCCGAGCAAGAAGGGUCGUGAUUCGACGCCGAAGGACGUGGGAUCAUCGCUGUUCGACGGGGAUGAGUCACCCGUGCCCGCUGUGAAGGUUCCCGAGAAGAAGUUGGAAACCACUUACAUCACGCCAACCACGUCGUACCCGCCCCUGUCCAAGCCCCUGCCUUCACAUGCUCUAGGGCUUCCGGAGGUACCGAAGAGCUUCCCAUUGUUUCGGUACCUGCAUACCAAAGGCUACUUCAUGAUGCCCGGUUUGCGCUUCGGCUGCCACUACUCCGUCUACCCCGGAGAUCCAUUACGCUUCCACAGUCACUUUCUCGCAACUGGCUUGGGUUGGGACGAGGAGUUUGACCUGCUCGACAUCGUCGGCGGUGGCAGAUUGGGUACAGGUGUGAAGAAGGCAUACCUCAUUGGAGGCGAGGAACCGGGUGGUAAAAAG